AUGGGCGCUAGUGUUGCCGGUUACCGCAAGAUCAUAGGCAAUUGCCAGACGAACGCCAUGUACCUAAAGAAGGCCAUCGAGGACAUGGGGUGCUUUGACAUCCUCUCCAAGGACGUUGGUGUGCCCCUUGUCACCUUUGCACUCAAGGAAAAGGAUGGCUCGUUUAAUGAGUAUGACAUUGCUGACAUGCUGAAACAUGAAGAUGUGGAGGACCGGGCCACCACCGCUCCACGCACAGUCACUCCGGCAGCCCCCACUGCUGCUGCUCCUGCAGUUUCUUCCAUCCCUGAGGAGGCGCCCGUGGCAGGGGAAGCCCCCAAGCCAAAGUCCAGGCUCGCACGGAAUCUGGAUGCGGACGAGGGAUAUGUGCUGUCGCCGCUGGCGGGCACGCGGCUGAUGCCGCCCAAUAAGCUGGAGCACAGCCACUCAAUGGACACAUCUGCGCUGCGCCAGCGCACCUUCAGGGUUUUUAAGAAGAACAGCAUUGCCAAGACUAAUGGGCUGACCGGGCAGUUUGUCGAGCAUCAGGGCAUGGUGAAUGCAGGGUCACCUGUGCCGAGCCUGUGGUAUCAGAUUGCCAAGGAAGGUAUCCCCAAGGAGGCGGCUUAUCAGAUGAUUCACGACGAGCUGCUGCUGGAUUGCAACCCGCGGCUCAAUCUGGCGUCGUUCGUGACGACAUGGAUGGAGCCUGAGUGCGACCGGCUCAUUAUGGAAUCCCUUAACAAGAAUUACAUCAACAUUGAGGAGUACCCAGUCACCAAUGAACUCCAGGAGCGCUGCGUGAAUAUUAUCGCGAAUCUAUUCAACGCACCUCUUGGGGAUGGAGAGGGCGCGAUCGGCGCGGGGUGCGUGGGGUCGUCAGAGGCAAUCAUGCUGGCGGGACUCGCGUUCAAGCGCAAGUGGCAGGAGAAGCGUAAGGCGCAGGGGAAGCCGUACGAUAAGCCCAACUUCGUCUGCGGCUCUGAAGUCCAGGUGUGCUGGGAGAAGUUUUCUAAUUACUUCGAGGUGGAGACCAAGUUCGUGAAUGUGAAGGAAGGGUCGUUCGUGAUGGACCCGCACGAUGCCGUGGAGGCUGUUGACGAAAACACCAUCUGCAUCUGUGGCAUUCUCGGGUCCACCUAUAACGGGGAAUUUGAGGACAUCAAGCUUCUGAACGAUCUUCUCAUGGAGAAGAAUGCCAAGACGGGGUGGGACACGCCGAUCCACGUGGACGCGGCGAGCGGGGGGUUCGUGGCGCCGUUCCUGUGGCCGGAGCUGGAGUGGGACUUCCGGCUGCCCACGGUGCGGUCCAUCAACGUGAGCGGGCACAAGUACGGGCUCGUGUACCCCGGCGUGGGGUGGGUGGUGUGGCGCAGCAAGGCCGACCUCCCCGAGGACCUCAUCUUCCACGUCAACUACCUGGGCGCUGACCAGCCCACCUUCACGCUCAACUUCUCCAAAGGCUCCAGCCAGCUGAUCGCACAGUAUUACCAGUUUGUCCGCCUUGGCUUUGAGGGCUACCGCAAGAUCAUAGGCAACUGCCAGACGAACGCCAUGUAUCUGAAGAAGGCCAUCGAGGACAUGGGGUGCUUUGAGAUCCUCUCCAAGGAUGUUGGUGUGCCACUCGUCACCUUCGCUCUUAAGGAGAAGAAUAGCAAUUUCAACGAGUAUGACAUUGCUGAUGUGCUGAAGCAGUUCGGGUGGAUCAUCCCCGCCUACACCAUGGCACCUGAUCUUGAACACGUUACAAUGUUGCGCGCUCUCGUCCGAGAGGACUUCUCUCGCUCGCUUGCGGAUCGCUUCCUGAACGACCUGCGCAUGACAGUAAAGAUGCUGGAGGACAGGGGCGUGGGUAUGCCCCGCACCAAAUCCACGGCUGAGGCCGCUGCUGCUGCGGUUGCCUCGGUGCCCGAACAUAAGCCCAUUACAGUAGAGGUUCCCAAGCCUGGAUCCAAGCUGGCACGUGACCUGGCAGCGGAUGAGUUGUAUGUGCUGUCGCCGCUGGCAGGCACACGGCUGAUGCCCCCCAGUAAGCUGGAGCACAGCCACUCUAUGGACUCGUCUGCGCUGCGCCAGCGCACCUUCAGGGUGUUCAAGAAGAACAGCAUUGCCAAGACCAACGGGGUGUGCUAG